CUGGGCAUGAUGCAGAGCUGGAGGAGAGAGUUGUGGGGAUCAGUGGACCUGUGACUGGCAGCCUGUUUUAACCUGGGGCCCCCCAUCAAACCCAGUGGACUCUCUCAGAGAAAGCACCUGACAGGUGCUGUGGUGCAGUCAAUGUAAUUUGAAGACGGCAAGAAGGAACAGAUGGCUCUAGCUGGUGGCCCAGACUCCUUCUUGCACCAUCCGUACUACCAGGACCAGGUGGAACAAACCUCGCCCCAUAGUCCAUGUGACCUGGCAGGACCUGGCUUCCAAGGACAGCCGGGCGUCCGCCUGGCAAAUCAGCAAGAGGAUGAUGUGGACCUAGAGGCCCUGGUGAACGACAUGAAUGCGUCGUUGGAAAGCUUGUACGCCUCCUGUAGCAUGCAGUCGGAGACCGUGCCCCUUCUGCAGAGCAGCCCACAGGCCCGCAGCCAGCAGCCCGCAGGACCCAGGCCCUUCCACCCACUGGCAUCCCCACGACAGAAGCUGCAGCGCUCCCAGCCUGUGCACAUCCUCGCUGUCAGGCGCCUACAAGAAGAAGACCAGCAGUUUCGAACCUCAUCUCUGCCAGCCAUCCCGAACCCUUUCCCUGAGCUCUGUGGCCCAGGAAGCCCCACUGGACUUUCACAUGGCUCCCUAUCUCCCAUCCAGGGAGCUGCAAAACGGGAUGUUAAAGUCUUUAGUGAAGAUGGGACGAGCAAAGUGGUGGAGAUUUUAGCCGACAUGACAGCCAGGGACCUGUGCCAGUUGCUGGUGUACAGAAGUCAUUGUGUGGAUGACAACAGCUGGACGCUGGUGGAGCACCACCCACACCUGGGACUCGAAAGGUGCUUAGAAGAUCAUGAACUGGUGGCACAGGUGGAGAGCACGAUGGCGAGUGAAAGUAAAUUCUUAUUCCGGAAGAAUUAUGCAAAGUACGAGUUUUUCAAAAACCCAGUGAAUUUCUUUCCAGAACAGAUGGUGACUUGGUGCCAGCACUCCAACGGCGGUCAGAGUCAGCUUCUACAGAAUUUCCUGAACUCCAGUAGUUGUCCUGAAAUUCAAGGGUUUUUGCACGUGAAAGAGCUGGGAAGGAAGUCCUGGAAGAAGCUGUAUGUGUGUUUGCGGCGAUCAGGCCUCUAUUGCUCCACCAAAGGAGUUUCUAAGGAACCCCGACACCUACAGUUGCUGGCAGACUUGGAGGACAGCAGCGUCUUCACCCUGAUUGCUGGCAAGAAACAGUAUGGCGCCCCCACGGACUUCGGCUUCUGCAUAAAGCCAAAUAAAGUGAGGAGUGACACAAAAGAGAUGCGACUGCUGUGUGCAGAAGAUGAGCAUGGCCGGACAUGCUGGCUGAUGGCGUUCAGACUGAUCAAGUAUGGAAUGCUUCUCUACCAGAACUACCGAAUCCCUCAGCAGAGGAAGCCCUUGCUCUCCCCCUUCUCAACUCCAGUGCGCAGUGUCUCUGAGAAUUCUCUGGUGGCGAUGGAUUUUUCUGGGCAGACAGGCAGAGUGAUCGAAAACCCGGCCGAAGCUCAGAGUGCGGCCCUGGAAGAAGGCCAUGCCUGGAGGAAGCGAAGCACGCGGAUGAACAUCCUAGGUAGCCAAAGUCCCCUCCACCCUUCUACCCUAAGCACAGUGAUUCAUAAGACUCAGCACUGGUUCCACGGCAGGAUUUCCAGGGAAGAGGCGCACAGGAUCAUUAAGCAGCAAGGGCUGGUAGAUGGACUUUUUCUUCUUCGUGACAGUCAGAGUAAUCCAAAGGCAUUUGUACUCACACUGUGUCAUCACCAGAAAAUUAAAAACUUCCAGAUCUUGCCAUGCGAGGAUGACGGACAAAUGUUUUUCAGCCUUGACGAUGGAAAUACCAAAUUCUCUGACCUGAUCCAGCUGGUGGACUUUUACCAGCUAAACAAAGGAGUACUGCCUUGCAAACUCAAGCACCACUGCAUUCGCGUGGCCUUAUGACCUCACACUUCUACUCUCGGCCGAAGACUGGAGAAAGUUGACACUGGAAUGAAGAAGAAUCCAUGCAUCUGUUCUGCACCUUGGACGUUGGAAUGCGCUCGGUUCAUUUGGUGCCAACCUGACCAAGAUUUGACUAGUUGGACCUAACGACGAUUUGCUGCUUCGUAUCCAACAGGAUGGCUUCCUCUUGGCUGACCAAAUCAGGGAGGGCAAGAAAAGAAGAGCAAGCGCAAAUUUGAUAAUAAACUGGAAUGAUCAUCUUGGCUGGGCCACGUAGGAAAAAGAACCGGAGAGAAGUCAUUGGAAAUGAACUAUUGCCCUGGAAUAAUCUUGACAAUUAAAACUGAUAUGUUUACUUUUUGUAUUGAUCACUUUUUUGCACUCCUUCUUGAUGUUUAAAAUUGUAUUCAGCCUAUGGUAGGAGGGGUGUGGCUUUUCAGCACAUCUAAGGCAGAAAGAAUGGGCAGCCUUAAGAGAUUGAACAUGGGCCCCCCCAGCUGUUUCCAGAGGGGACCCGACCCUCUGUGGGUUCCAUGGGUGGAUUCCACUCCCCAAUGAUGAAGCACCCCCAGUCCUUCCCAACAAAUAUACUUGAAGAGCUCCUUUAAAGUCAAAGGUGUCACCUGUGGUAGGCAUUUGGCAUGUUUUGCGGCCCCAUCAGUGAUGACAGUCUGUCGAUCAGUUCCAUAUGCACAGAUAUCCUAUCCUCUCACGUGUCUCGUCUUCCACAGUUUCGGACACUUGAUUUCUUUGGAAAACAUUUCUUCGCUGUUGAAAACCCAAUAGGACCGAGAGUCCUGGCUCUGGUGGAAUGCAGACCAGCCUUCUUAAGAGGCACCCACAGCCCACUGUCUGAUGUGGAUGCCACGCUGCAUUGCCCACCUGGGAUACCUUUCAGCCCAUUCAGGAAUAAUCACUGCCCUUCCCUGCAGUGGUGUGAGUCCUUUCUUGGCUAUUCUCCCUCCUGGGGACGAAAGAAUCUAAAAAAUAUUAAAAGUGGCACUUGAAUGCUUGGCCCUCCUUCGGUGUCCCAUGGGUUUCUAUGGUGGUGACGAUGAAUAAUUGAAAAGGGCACUUCUGCAGCUUUCUAAAGACCUUGAAAAGGUCUUUGCUCGAUGACCUCUGUCCUGCUGAAAACCCCCUGUAGGCCAGUGACCCAUGAGGCAGCUGAGGCUCCUCCUCUUUUUGGCCUACAAUCACAAGUACCUCACAGCAGUGUAGACAUUGAAGACUUGUAUAAACCCAACACUGCUACCUACUCUAGGAGCUGAGUCAGAAUGGGGCUUGAGCUAUUAUUAUUCCCUUGGCCCCUCCAACCCUGUCCCCUUAGCUGAGUUUCCAAGCAUGAGAGUUGCCAUGUCUUUGCCUUUGAAUUCCGCAAAGCAGAAAGGGCUCCCUAAGCAGCAUACUUGACUAUGCUGAGAAAUUAGUUCUUCUUAGUUCUGAGAUUCAAGUCAACUUUGGCCCUGAAGGUGUGCUCGCCUGAACUAGCCUAAAGGUGUGCUAACUGAACUGCCUAAAUUCCUGUCUGCUUCAACGCCCCUCAAGGAGCGUAUACACAUAGUUUAGAACCAUCAUAAUAGGUUUAGUGAUGCAUCUUUGCGACAAGUCAUAGCUAGGGUUUAGAAACACUGUAUUUUCGUUUACAGACCACACUAGCUGAUUUCCAUUCAAUGAAGGAUCUUUCAAUAGGACACGUUUUCAACCAUAAAAAUCCCAUCGCAUUUUCUGCUUUUCAUAGCCAGUCUUUCAAACCAUUGAAUAUUAAUUAGGUCAUCACACCUAGCAUGCUUUCACUGAACUUCUCUUGGGGAUUGAUGCUCUAGAGACACUGUUGUAUCUUUUCCCUCUUCACUGGUUGGAAGUAAAACUUUAGGAAAAAAAAAAUAAAAGACCUCUCAUUUCUUUUUUUCUGUUUACAUAGACCAUUCACCAGUGAGGCGAGACUCUCCUGCCCUCUCCAAUAGACAGCUAGUAUUGCAGUAUUUCAUAUUUAUAGAUACACAUUUUAUUUAAUAGAACAAAAGAUUGACUCUGGGUCACAGUUUUUAUAUGUAGCUGGUUUGAUGUAGUGUUUUGUACCUUCCAGCUGAAGUGAAUUGUUUUGAGAGUGUAAACUUCCCACAAGUUCCCAUAACCCCUGCUGCUGCCCUUACGAUGGGCAGCUGGGAAUUCCGCCGGAAACAGUACCUCUAGGGUGCAGGCUUCCAACCCAAUCAACCAGGGGCCGAAGGACAUUCAACUUUUAUUUUUGUAUUUUAAUGCUAUGAAUGUAAAUGGGACAGCUCAGGGUCGUUUUUUGGAGCCUGUUGACUUUUUUUUUUAAUCGUUGCCUGUGAUUUUCUCUCAAGUGAAAACUCCAGCAGUCUGGAAUAUGUUAAGAAGGAAAACACCAAAUAAUUUCGGUAUUGGGGUUUGAUAGAUGAACUCUGUUACCUUAGGAAUUUGAGUUCCAGAACGUUUGUUUCAUUUGCUAAACCUUGAAAAAAUACGUGCCUCAGUCUAGAUGUUUUGUCUUCUCUUAUCUGCACUUAAUACCUGACAGUUUGACCAAUCAGCACAUUGUUUAAGGGUGGAAUUUAUAAUGUCACAGCAAAGCCACAGCGACCAUGUAAAAAUGUUCAGGGAACGCAGCAGGUAUUAACUUCAGAGACAAAACCUUUAUUCCAUGUGCUUUGCUUUAUUCUGUACAUAACUCUUGGACUUGUGUACUUAAUUGUAAACUUUCCGGUAUUUUUGUACAAAUAAGGGACUGAUGUUCUGUUUCUUGUCAUUAGAAAUAAACAUAAAUACAGUGUUAUUCA